AUGUCGUCUCACCUAGUUUGGAGUAUCAUUCGUAACAACAACGCUUUUCUACUGAAGAAAAGGAACAUCUCCAAACCUUUCAGUACGGAGCCCAAUAACUUAACAAAUGUCAAUUCCUUCAGAUAUAAUGCGUUGAUCGACAAAAAGUCUGUUGGAAUUGUGGAUGCACCUGACAAGAAGGGAUUCACUGUUGUUUACAAAAAAGCUAGCACACAGAACAAGCCUAGACAAAGUUACAAAUAUGGCUUGUAA